CUCUGCUGCGCUACAGCGAGAAGGCGAAAUGUACCUCCAGUAAACUUGAGUACCUUCCACUACAUUGUAGUAGCACUUGCAGGAUCAUCUUUCUACUGUGUAAUCUACAAGGUACACCGUGACUGGCAUGUGCUACUAGUACUGCUAUAAGUCAAACAGUGGUGCUGUGUCGAUAUGCGGCCUGCGGUUGCUUAUCGGGAAUACUGCGCUACGAUAAGGACAAGCCACCGCCGAGAAUCUUGACUGCGAUGCCCCUACCACUAGUGCUGGCACUUCACACUCCGCAAACCACGACUCUGCGCGCUCUCUGUUGCGCUCCAUUCAGCAGUUCAGACCGCAUUUCCUCGUCUCUACUUGUCCGCCAUGGCUGCCCAUCAUCUGUCAAUAGCCAAAGCGUCAUUUACGGCCUCGCUACUCCGUCCAGAUGUGGUCAAGGUCUCUCGAGAUGAUUUUCCCGAAUUCCACAGCGCGUUCGAAGCUGCUCUGCUUCGCUGCUCAAGGCACAACAUACAGGUCUGGAGAAUUCCAGGAUGUCGCACAUCUUGAGGAGCUGGGUUGACUGAAGACUGAUAGACAUGCAAAGAAUGGCUUUCUCAGAAUGUCCUUGUCUCUGCUACGAGGACCACUGCAUUGGGGAAAUAUUUGACCACAGUAUCGAAGUACCUUGCUCCGCCAUCAGAUCCUACGGUCAAAACUAGCCUGUCGCGACAGCGAUUACACAUCCUGUACCUAGUGAAUGAUCUUCUCCAUCAUUCAAAACACCACGUCACCGAAGAAGGUGUCCUGGACCGUGCCACGAGCUCCCUGCAGCCUUACCUGCUGGACUUAUUUCAGUCUGCCGCUUCAGAAAAGAAGACCAAAGUCAAGAGACGCUUGGAGGAAUUAGUGGGGAUAUGGAGACAAGAACAAUAUUUCGGCAGGGAUGUGUUCGCCCAGCUCGAUGAUGCUGUCGCUGGCGUGGAGCGUUCGGUCGUGAAUACAUCACAAGAACAAUCCAAGUCGGAGAGCGAGGCAAAGCGUCCACUGUAUAUGCUACCUACAACACACGGUGAUCCCUCUCUGCCAUACUACGAACUACCUGCGGGUAACCUGAUGCCUCACAUCGUUCCUAACAGCUCACAACCGAUCCGACCAGAGGACGUUCAGGCGUUGAGGUUCUCGGGCGGCCCAGCUGACGAGAGUUUGGUCAAUGCGUUGACAGACUUCCUGGCUGAUAUCCAAACAAUGAAUGAUAAACUGUCGAAGCUCGAAAGUAAGGGUUCAAAACCCGAGAUGGAUGAGAUGGGUCAGAUUUCCUACCGUGACGAAGCUGGCGAUCUACUCGGGGACACUUACUACGGUUGGUCGCGCUCUUUCUGCGAGAGAAUGAAGAGGCGCGGCAGGAGUGAUGCUAGUGGCUCACCUCGUGCCGUCUCAAAUAGUUCGAGCGUCAGCCGGAGCCGAAGUCGUGGACGUGCCCCUUACAAGCGUCGACGUUAUAGCAACUCUACGGAUCUCUCGCGGUCGUCGCGAAGUUACAGCCGGUCACCCUCUCGGCGUAGGCGGAGAGACAGCAGCGUGGAACGAAGUGACAGUCGCAAGGGAAGUUGGCCAAGAUCGAGGAGCCGCUCGCAUCCGCCAGAUUGGAGAGGCGCUAGGCCCGAACAACCCCCGAAUAUGCCUGCCCCAAUGUCUUUCAACAACAUGCCGACAAUUCCACCGCCCCCGACAGUUGCAGGCUUGCCGUUCCCACCACCACCACCGCUACCAGCAUUCCAACAAAGCGGCGUACCCUUUCCUCCUCCACGGCCUAUCAAUUGGUCCGGCCAAUGGCCACCUCCACCUCCACCACCUCUAUAUCAUCCUGGGAACCCUGCAUUCAAUGGUUUGCAGUUUCCACCUGCACCACCAAACAUGCCACCGCCGCCUCCGCCGCCUGCAGGUUGGCCAAUGCCUCCAACAGACCCCUACGGAGGUAGUAACGGCUACACCGGAAGGCGGUAACAGUUGGGUACAACAGAGAAUACAUCAGCCUCCAAGUCUCGAAAGGAGCCCUCUCCCGAGGUCGCCAGGUCGGCGACAAUGUAGAAUGGCGAGAUUUUGUUUGCAAAAGGGCCUGAGUCCUUCUCGACUACCGCAAUAAAAGAACGCACAACGGUAGAAUGAUGCAACGUGUGACAUGUGGGGUUACGACAGGACCCUUGAGGGAUCGACACGAUGUCCCGCUACUGCACAAGGCCUGAGUAGUUGGGGUUUUGUCCACGCCACAGGCUAGCUGCACUCACUACCUCGUGCGCCAGAUGCGAGAAUCGGGAAAGCGCAUGACAAGAGUCACGGCAGGCAGAGCAUCUGUAGGGAAGUUCCACCGACAUGCCUCCAACCAUGUCGCGUGCGCGUCGAACCCAGUUGGAUGCCUGAAGGCCCUGAGAUCCUAUGUUAAGAAAAGUUUCGAGGCUCAAACGAGAUGGGUCCGGCAAGGCAGCAGAAAUGCGUUGGAUGGUUAAAGGAACUCGCGCUGCCUCGCGACAUGUACACCACAAAGCUGCGGCGCAAAAUUGAACGACUUGCCGACGAAAUGGUCUAGUUCCUAUUUACCGUCCGACAAGGGUGUCUCGGACUGCUUUGCUACGUUGUACUAUGUACUCUGUGUUAGGUUGUCUGUGGAUCAUCGCGUCAAGGCCACCGUUUGAAGAAUCUGGAACCCUGCCACGAGCCAGGAUCAUCGUCAUAGGUGUACAUUGGUGGGCAGGGCUCUUGAGCAAUGGACGGCCUUUCGACACGAACCAACCCUUGCUGUUUCAAAUCUGCAGGUCGAACGUUCCCGACGACGACUCCAAGGAAUUGGCUGGGGGUCUCAGACCACGACUUGGCACACGCAAGGCUGGCUCGAUGCGCCCAAUCGAAAAAUCUCCGUCAAAAUAGAGUUAUUAAUAAGGCCGCUUGGCAUACAUCAUCGGGUCCCCUGUUUUCGUUGUCGUCUCUCUGCCCCUACUACUGCUUACGUAGUUGAGGCAAACGUCGAAUAGGUACCUCAGGCUGGGUAGGUACAGGUAGGUAGAUUCCCUCCCGGAAACUCGCACGGGUCUGGCUGCCUCAGAGCCUAUCGAUGACGAUGUGCACUCUGUCACCGGUCAACCUCAACGCCAGCUUGCUCUUUCAAGAGUCAGCUCUUGUAAGUUGUCGCGAGGUGCUGGCAUGGCUACAUUGCAGGGGGAUAUGUUCACUGCAACUGACUCUUGAUCAACGGGCGUCUAGCCACUCCUCCAUAUGAGAGUUGAGUUCGAGACCUUCUGGUGCUCCAGUGUGGCUCCACCGACAAUCUUAUAGAGUCCGGCCACUGAGAUGCUGGAUUGCUUAUCAGCACACGCCCGGGUAGCUGGACAAUUUUCAAUCAAGUUUGAAUCUUGACCCUAGCCAUUGGAACACAGGCCAUGAGUGUCUACCGACAACCAACAGCCUCCACUCCUCAUCCAGAGAGACCAACCGUUUGGACGCGAGAUGCGGUCACCAUGCGUGACUCCGCCCUUAGACCCUGAACUAACCAUCCCGCUCGAGGGAUCGGCAGGGUCGCUCCCCCCAGCCAGCAUGCCCUUUCGCAUUGUGUCAUUUGCCCGAUCUGCAAAAAGUCGUUGGGAAUCACAGCUUUGGCCGUGAUCGGAGGCCGACUUGCCCUUCUUCUGAUCGUCAUACUAUCCUUGUCGAGUUAGACAACGACGGCAGAGAGUGGCUACACUGACGGCAACUUGCAUAAGCCCGCUGACUUGCCUACACGCCGUCACUGGCCCGCUGGACGCCACCCUCUUUGAGGAAUCUGCGCGACAGGGGGUGCUUUGGCCCCCCUUUCAGUGGCCAGCCCGUGGUCUUCCCGUCUACUCGACUGAUGAGAUACUGUCCAGCCCCGGGGUGCCUCAACUUUCAUCAUGGUAUAUAUUGUCUGGAUCCUCGGCCGUGAAUUUCUCUUCCCCCUUUCAUCAGAUUAACCAUAUAACAUAUAACAUCAAGCUCAUGUCCGCUGCAUUCAGCAUUUAGCGACUCUCUGCGAUCUCAAACCGUCAAAACAUCAUCAUUCCAUAGACACCAUCGAAUCGUUCUCCCACUCUCAAAACCUCUCAAAAUGCCUGCCUCAGUCGAAUAUCUCACCGCUCCUCAAGAGACCAUCAACUACGAAGCCGACCCUGUCGCCGCCAUGACAUCUUACUCACGGAUGAUGCACCUUCACACCAGACAACAAAUGGACGCAGCCACGCGAUCAGCACGCCGACGGAGUCCUUCCCACGGUGUCGACGCCCACGGUGGACAAUCAGGACUUUCCAAGCAGGGAACUCAUAGCAGCUCUUCUUCGAGGUCAUCUUUCUGAGCGCUCGACACAUUUUUCGACAUUUUCGUCAGCAAUCCACUAGCAUCAAUGCCAUUGCGCCCUAGACCAGCCUCAUGGCUUUCAACUAACACCAAAUACUUCGUCAGCUGAAAGUACCAUGUACCACCGUGAUGAUGUCACUCUGGCUCCACGGAGACUACGAUACCGUGCAAUGUACAACACAGUCGAUCGGUUCAAGGCUGCCCAAUUCAUGACAAAAUUCGAGCAUCUCUUUGCUCUGCCAUUGCCCUUGACCCAGAUGGUCGAUUUGUGGGAAUUUACUGUUUUCCAGCGACAUUAUGAGAGGUACUUCGCAUUGGUCUGGCGUCACGCACUGUAUUACUAGCCGUCUACAUGCCCAGAUGAUUUUGGGGCAUUUCCGUCAUGCAGCAUUCCGUAUCGCUGGACGGUAUUAUAUAUGUUAUUUGUCUCAAUUAACAUGAUUCGCCAUUUACACUGGGUCUUUUCUACUGAGCAAUUAACUUUAUGUUUGUAUUUCAGUGAAUUGUUUUAGAUUUUCGUAGCGAGAGUGGUUCAAGUGUGAGCGGGGGAGAUGGUUCACUGCUUGUAGCGGGUAACAGUUAAUCUGUAUUCUUUGGGAGAAUAUGUGAAUGGAGAUUUUUCAAACUACUCGUACCGACCUAACACCCACCAGGCUUCGUUUGCA